GGAGUGUCCGACAGCUGCUGGGGGAAAUCUAGCUCGCGGACUUUUGAGUGACGUGAUGAGCCCGGAGCGCGCUCUGAAGCGCGUGACUCCUUCCUGCUCGCUUAUCGUUUCACCGGACGACAAGAAGAAAGAACAGCAGCUCAAAACCAUUCCACCUGCUCCGUUUUUAACGUGGUGAACGUGCGUUAACGCUGUAGAGACAGUGCUAGCUUGUAGAGGGUUGAAAUAAGUGGUGGAAUUGGUGAGGACCGAGCACUCUGCCUUUACAAGUAUGGCCAGGAGGAAGCAGCGAGCACCCAAGCGUGCGCCAGCUUAUGAUUCAGAGGAUGUUGAAGAACCUGCCAGGCAAAAUGAGAACUUUGAAAAGGAAGACUCCACAACCAGAGAGAAACCCGUGGGUAACAGUGACUUUAGGAAGGACUAUGUCUUCCAAAAAUCAGAGGAUGAACACUGCUCCAUUGCUGCCGAGUUUUCAGAGACUGACAGUGAAUUACACAUUAAUGAGUUAAAUGAACCUAUGUCAGAUGUUGAAAGCAGCUCAAUUAAUAUUAAAGACAAACCAAUGAAAGACUGUCUUAAUGAGGGAUCUGAGAAAUCAGUGUGUGGUUCAGAUAGUCUGGAACAGAUAAAAGCCAUUUAUAAUGGUUUUCUCUCUAACUCCUUUUGGUCUUCAGAGAGUCUUAAUCCUUCUCAGUCAUGUACAGAGAAAAGAUCUGAGACUUGCAGUAGCAGCAGCAGCAGCAGCCCUGGGGGUAAUUGCUAUGACUGGCACCAGUCUGCAGUUGCAAAAACCUUGCAGCAGGUUUCUGAAAAACAGCUUCACCCACAAAGGGAAAGCAAUCUUUUUAGCACUGUUCAGCUCUACCGACAAAGUGCUAGGGUGUAUGGGUCCAUCUUUAGUGGUGCAAGCAAAUUUCAUUGCAAAAGCUGUAGUGCAUCUUAUGACACGCUGGUUGAUCUAACAGUUCACAUGAAUGAUACAGGCCACUACCAAGAUGACAACCAUGAGAAGACUGACAAAAGUGCCAAGAGCUGGUCCAAGCCACGCAAACGCUCUUUAAUGGAACUGGAGGGUAAGGAGGAUGCCCAGAAGGUACUACGCUGUAUGUAUUGUGGUCACUCUUUUGAAUCCUUGCAAGACCUCAGUGUACACAUGAUCAAGACCAAACACUACCAAAAAGUGCCUCUGAAGGAACCUGGAACAUCGAUUGCUGCCGCUAAAGUUAUCUCAUCUUUCAGAAAGAAAGUACCGGUGGAAUUAGAUAUAACUAAACUGAAUACCACUGAUCAGAAAGUGUCUUCUAAAGGGAGUCCAGUAAAUAUUAGUCUUCCCAAGGUUUCUGAUGUUAACAAGGAGAGUCUCAUGGACCGUAAGGGUGUGAGCAACACCAUGCAGAUUAAGUCACAGAUUUUGAGGUGUAUGGAGUGUGGACAAUCAUUUGAGUCUUUCCAGCAGUUAAGUGCCCACAUUAUGCUGACAGGUCACUUUGUUAAAGCCAGUCAGUCUCUCCAAAAAAUGGACAAAUGCAUUUCUGAACAAAUAUCCUUGCCUGGGAAAAUUAAGAUGAAAAAGGAGAAGACGCCAAUAGAGAAACAAAGUUCCUCCACUUCUUCACCAAAUGGAACCACUGAAUCACCACAUACCACUAUUCCUCUAAAGAAGUCAGAACUGGAAAGAAAGACCUUUCUAAAAGAAAAGCAUGGUAAAGAACCAGGAAAUGACAACAAUGCAGAGGAGAGAUACAGUAUUUCUUCAAAAUAUGAUUAUCUUACUGAGGAGGACCUGCUGGAGAGUCCAAAAAUGAACCUGGAUAUCCUCAAGUCCCUGGAGAACACUGUAACUACUGCCAUUAACAAAGCACAGAAGGGCACUCCCAGCUGGGGCGGAUAUCAGAGCAUUCAUGCUGCUUAUCAGUUGCAGAAUAACACAAAGCCUUCUCUCUACAACUCCUCCAUACAGCAACUGGUGCAUGGUGUGGAAGUUCCAUGUCUUGACAAAAGUGAAAUCUUUCCCAGCCCUCAACACAGCGCUCCUUCACCCAAAGUAAAACUGCAUGCGAUGGAGGAACUGGUGAAGAAUGUAACACAGAACAUUGCUGAGGAAACAAGAAAGGACAAAGAUGAACAGGUUUCCUUAGCAAGAUACUUUAUAACCUCCUCCACUACAAGUGCAGACAGGAAAUCAGCAUCCAAUUCUCCCACAGUAGAGGGACAUGAAACACUAAAGAACAAAGAUAACGAGAUUACUGGCUCAGAGAAUAAUGCAAGUGAGAGGGAUUCAAAAAAAUGUAAUGAAAGCUUCACAACCUCUUUAGCUUUCUCUGACGACAGCGCAGUAAUAACUGUUCACCCAGAGCCAAAACAACCAUUUGUUAGUCCUUUAAAUGCCCUUCAGUCAGUCAUGAAUCUCCAUUUAGGUAAAGCGGCCAAUCCUGUGAAGCCAGUUGAGGAUCCUAUGAGUAUGCUUCUAAAGAUGAGCAACAGCAUGGCAGAGAGGGCUGCGGUGGCUUCAUCUCCGAUAUCAACCUCAAAACCAGAACCAUUACAUCCAGAUGUCUAUCAGAUUGACAAAGACCAACCAAUAGAUUUAUCCAAAGGCAAAAGGAAUCAGUGUUUAGUUACUGCUUCUCUCCCAGGGAAAGUGUUAAACUCUCUUCCUGCUAUGACCAAGACUGAUUUAACUGAUACAAUAAAGUGCACUCCAGUCAGCCCAGUACAUGAGAGUGCCCUCUCAGACAUAUCAGACAUGUUACGCAAUUUGUCAGACACUCAUGUCUUAAAGUCGCAGACUCCUUCCCAUAAAUCAGAGAGAUCAGGUAUCGAAGAUUCUCACAUGCCAAACACAGGAGAUGAUGCAUCUAUGGUGCACAAAUGCAAGGGUAGGCAGUCACAUUGGAAUCCUCAACAUUUGUUAAUUCUGCAAGCCCAGUUCACAUCAUGCCUUAGGAAGACAGCUGAUGGGAAGUAUGUCAUAUCAGACUUGAGUCCUCAAGAAAGGAUGGUCAUCUCACAGGUUACAGGUCUUUCCAUGACAACUAUCAGCCACUGGCUAGCCAAUGUAAAAUACCAGCUGAGGCGCACAGGCAGGACCAAAUUUCUGAAAAAUGUUGACUCUGGUCACCCUGUUUUCUUCUGUAGUGAGUGUGCCACACAAAUCCAAACGCGUUCAACAUACAUCUGUCACAUUGAGUCACAUCUCGGCUUUAAAUUACAGGACUUGGCUAAGUUCUCUUGUAAAAAUCCCAACAAGACAAUUGCAAAGCAUUCAAAGAACAUGUUGGAUAAAACUGUCCUGUCAUUCCUCUGAUCUGCUGCAGGUCCAGAGCGGCUGUACUGACUAUAAACGCUGUGCUAUUAGUCUUAAGAUCAGCCGAAUCAUCGUUUAUAAAAACUGACACAGAAUCUGUGUAAUUGUUGUACAGGAUGUGUAUUGUAUGUUGAUAAAAAUACAAAAGGGUUUAUGAUCAUAAAAUGUAUAUUAACUCAUAAAUAAAAUAAAUAUCUGGUAGGAAUUAUACCUCAUAGGAUUUGUUUAUGAUAAUGAGCACACAGUUCCUAGUAGAUUAUGUACAAAAUAGAUAUAUACAGGAUGUAGAGGGUUUUUUUUUUUUUUUUUGCUUCUGUAUAAUCAGCAAUUGCUUUUCUUGAUUCUGAUGACAUUAUACAAUUCAAGUAGGUGACAAUUUGUACAUUUGUACAGGGCUACUUUAAUCAUUUUCAUAAUUAUUCAUCAUAUUAUUUAUUUAUUUAUUUGCAAUUGUUUUCCCUGUUGUCUAAAUCUAUUUGUGUUUGUUUCUGCAUAUAAUAUAAUGUUUCGGCAUUACUUUCAUUGUUUGUACGGUGGUUUACUAUUUUAUACAACACACAGAGGCAUUGCAAUUUGAUGACCAAAAUAGUAACAUAUUUGAGGACUAAAAUAUUAACAUAGGAUAUUUAUUUACAAUAUACACUCACCAUUCAGUUUAUUAGGAACACCUUCACACCUGCUCAUUUAUGCGGUUAUCCAAUCAGCCAUGUGGCAGCAGCACAAUGCAUAAAAUCAUGCAGUUACAGGUCAAGAACUUCAGUUAAUGUUCACAUCAAACAUGCCAGAUGGGCUGGUUUGAGUAUAUCAGAAACUGCUGAUCCCGUGGGAUUUUCACACACACACAGUCUCUAGAGAAUACACUAAAUGGUGCGAAAAACACAAAACAACCUCAUGGUACCUGAUGUGGUCUUCUGCUUUUGUAGCCCAUCGACCUCAAGGCUUGAUAUGUUGUGCAUUCUUUUUUCUGCUCAUUAUGGUAGUAAAGAGUGAUUAUUUGAGUUACUAUAGACUUUGUGUCAGCUCAAACCAGUCCGGUCAUUUUCCUCUGAUCUCUCUCAUCGACACUGUGUUUCAGCCUGCAGACCCUCCGCACACAGGAUGUUUUUUGUUUAUUGCACUAUUCUGUGUAAACUCUAGAGACUGUUGUAUGUAAAAAUCCCAGAAAAUCAGCAGUUUCUGAAAUACUCAAACCAGCCCAUCUGACACCAACAACCAUGCCAUGAUCAAAGUCAUAGAGAUCGCUUCUGAUGUUUAAUCAGAACAUUAACUGAAGCUUUUGACCCAGAUCUGCAUGGUUUUAUUCAUUAUGCUGCUGCCACAUGAUUGGCUGAUUAGCUAAGUGCAUAAAUGAGCAGGUGUACAGAUGUUCCUUAUUAAAGUGGAAGGCGAGUGUGUGAUAUAUUGCUGACAAACUGUAUGUAUUGCAAACAUUCCUGAUUAUUGUAAGCUUACUGGUCAUAAUUUACUUUAUGGAUGAUGUGAUUUCAGUAAUAUUCCUAAAGCAAACUAUUCACUGUUAUGUUUCUUAACAGCAUCUAUUUUUAUAAUGUAAAAUGUAAAGACUGUGCAUUUUAGUAAAGUAAAAUUUUUAUUUUGCCUUUUCUGGGGCCAUUUCUGAUCAAAUGUAUUUCACAUAUUACAAAAGACUUACUUUUCACCUUAACAAUAUUAUUUAAUGUAAAGGUAUUUCCCUAUGGUGCAUUCUUCUCCAGAUACUCUUUCUCUCUCGCAGUUUACAUAAAAACAUCCACUAUGCAAUCAUUACCCUAGUGUUGGUCUAAAAGGCAGAUUUGACUGUGGAUUCAUACCUGUAUAUCAAAGCAGUAUUUAGAGCUAGACAUUUUAUAUGUAUGUCAUCGUAGCAACAGCA